AUGAACAUGGUGGCGGUGGGACGGCGUGUGACAUUGAAACUUGCUUCGCUAGCAAUGAUGGCUAAUGAGCUUCAGCUUGUGAAAUCGUUUUGUGGCGGCUUCGCUGCGGAGACGUCGCAGCUCGUCAUCAAGACCAUUUGGUCCAUGGCCGUCGCGCAGCACAAGUUUUACGUGGAGAACAAACAAGCGAAGGCUUCUGUACCGCAAAGCAGAGACAAUGUCUGGGCUCUGCCCGUGGCCCCUGAUUUGUCCAAAUCCUGCUCGUCACUGUCGGCCACUGCAUCGAUGUCAUCCUCGUCAGUGUCUAACGUGUCUCGAUGCGGCUCUACACAGUCAUUGUCCAUCUGUAGCCGACAUAACUCUGUGGAAUCUAUCCAGAGCGGCGGGAGCAAUCAAGCUCAGGUAGAAAUGUUGAUGGCAGCGCUGCGUGCGAAGAAGGAGGCGUUGGAGGCUAAACUGCAGGAGAAAUUGGAUGAACUGAAAAAGUUGUGUCUGCGUGUUGGUGAACUGACUGGUUCCUUGCCACCUGAAUAUCCUCUGGCGCCUGGGGAGAAAGCUCCUGUUGUACGUCGACGAGUUGGGACUUCAUUCGCAUUUUCGUCUGAUCUUUUGUUGAAGAUCAAAUGCAAAGAUCAAGACGCGCUGGAGCUUGAGUAUGAGAUCCAGAAGCGAAUUUUAUCAGCAUCACAUAAACUCGCUAAUGACAUGAAAGCGAAGAAAUCUGUGCGCAAACAGCGAAGACACUCGUACCAGCUUGCCAAAAUCAGGCUUCAGGAAUUGGAAGAACGGCUGCGAUGCAUUCGGAGUGGAAAACCGCUGGAAACAUCAGCUUCGACUUCAACCUUGCCUUCUUCCUUCUUGAUGACCAAGAAGAAAAAAUCUCUUUCGCAUCUACUCGGAGGUAAAUCGGAGUCUUCCCCUGCCUUCGGUAGCUUGAUGAAGAAAAGAAGCAAGCCUGAUUUAACUCUCGCAGAAUGGAAGGAGCCUAAAAAAGAGACAGUGGAGCUGUCUCACAUGCCACAUUCUCCUCGCAUAUACCGUCCCAGAUCGCAGUCACAAAGCGAUUUGGAUGAAGGUGUGGGCGUGCCAAAAGCAGAACGAAGAAGCCAUACUCCUCCGCCCAAGAUUGAGAAUGGCAAAGACAUUCUCAGCGGACUUGCGCAGAAUGAUUUGGCAGUACUUGGUACUCGUCAUCGUCAAAUGAGUCCAGUCAUCCCUCCUAAUUGCGUUUACAACCAAAGACCUAUUGCCCGACGAUCUCAGCAUCAGGCCAAUUCAAAUUCACACUUCAACUAUGACAAUGAUCUCGCUCAAAGAGCAGAAAAUUAUGACUUAGAUGGACUUGAAAGAUCGGGAAUUCAUCACCUUCCGAGACAACGCACGAGUCUGGCGCAUCAAAGUCUGGAGCGUUUGAAUCCCCCUUACGAUCAUACAAGUAGGUAUGCAAGCUUGGAUACACGCAAGUACAACACUGGCGGGAAAAGGAUGGAAGCGAAGUCAGCGGAAUGUCUGGAUGCAUUGGACGGUGACGAGGACAAAACCUUGGAGGAAGACGAAGAAGAUGAGCGACAAGCUUUGCGAAAUGCCAGCUUGGGAUUCUGUGGAACCGAUGUGAUUGAUGGUAGCCAGUUGUACCCGCCGAUGGCCAUGUUCCGAUCUACAUCAACAGCGAGCACGGUUGAGAACAGCAGCAGUCACCACAUGAUGAAUGUGACCGCAGAUGCCCUGCCUGCGUUUUAUGGGACUUCUUUGUACAAGAACGGCGCGAUGCAACGAUCUCAGAGUGCUUCAACUACCAUCAAUGAUGGCAUUGGGGCCCGUCGCACCAGCAAUGGCUUGCCGCCAAGGAUCAUAAACGGGAUUGAGAAUCUCAACUUGGGAAAUCAUCAUGCUAGCGCGAGAGUACAUCCUCCACAUUCCUUGGCUAACUUCCAGCCACCAACGGCGGCAUCGUCGAGAGUUGUUUUCUCGCGUACGCUGCCGCGAUAUUCGACGUGUUCCAAGGUGGUUCAGAGCUCAGCGGACGUUGUGAAGUCUGUGGCUAGAGAGAAGCGCUGGUAUGAAACCUCUCUGGAUGCCCCACCAGCGCAUCAAGUGAAGGACGAAGACCUGGACAUGGAUGCAACGAUGAGUCGAGUGCUGGCCGUGCCAUUCCAAUCAGACCGUGCGGACGAUUUUCAAAAAGUGCCUUGCGAGUUUCCGAGGAAUCAAACUGCGAUUUCCGCGGGACGUUGGCUUCCUGUUAAGGUUACGACGAAAAGGUUUGAGAUGUCGGAUUGCUACAAAUAUAGUACAAAGUAUAGGAAACCUCCUGCUCUAAACCCUUGUGCUGUGGCGGAAGGAAAGAACGGUGGGUCUGGACCAUCGAGUCCGUCGCCAUCAGUCCGUUCCGAUUCGUCCACUGGGCACCAGCAUCUGAGCCAUGGCUACCAUCAUCAUCAGAAGCCGCCUUCACAGUCGCCACAGAUUUCACCUGUUGUACACGCGCAGAGGCAAGUUCUGGUUACAAUGACUGCGGUUGGAAGCCCGAACAACAGCUUCAACUUCGACAUGCCGGAGUCUCAAGCGGAGGCCUUCCAGCAGGAAAUGCUAGCCUGGGUCAACCAGGCCAAAACAAAACCCCAGCAGUCCAGACCUGCCACUCUUGUAUAAAAAGGAAAAUGAUCACACAAAUGCAAUUUCUUGCCCAUCUGUUGAAAGAGUGACGCAAUGUUUGUUGUUCGACUGAAAGUUGAUGGUGCUGAUCUGGGCUAUCUUGCUCUUUGGGGAAAGGUGCGUUUGUUGACUAAACUAUGUAAAAAUUGGCUCUAUUCGAAUAUCGAUUUCAAAAGACCGUUCUGUGUACUGUUCGAUUCGUUUGUGGAAGAUGUCAUGUCCAAGUGCUUUUCAGUCCAUAGUAAUCUUAAAUUUGUGUAAAGAGCUUGCAAUGUAUGUGUUGACUUCAUCUAAGAAGAGUUUUUUUGUUUUGUUUCUUACGUAAUUGCUGAAUGUUCUCUCAAUUCGUCCGUCGAAGGAGCUUCUGAUCUUCGUUAUCGAAAUCACUAAACGUUGAAAUUUUUUAGGUCCGAAGUCUGUUCUACUUGUGUGUUUUAUUUUCAACUUGAAAAAUGUGUACAAAUCACGCACCGUCCCCUGAAUUGUAAGAUAAGCGUUGAUCUACGCCAGAAUCCCGUUUCUCGGGUUAGCUCAAUUAUUAACGCACAGAAAGGAUGCGCCAUGUUUGCUGUGCGCCUAUCCAAAACUCCGUGCAUUUUUUCCCUUUGUGCUCAACAAUUUUUUGCAAAAAAAAAAGAAAAAAGAACCACCUCUUGCGAAAAAAAGCUUUCGCAAACAUUUGACCUCAUGCUGCGUUUGUUUUAUGGCGACAUGGAAAAGUGGGAAGAUUUUUUAAUGAGUGAUGUAUCGGAUGUACGUUCCGUCCUUCGGAAAUCGAAACGAAAAAUAAUUUGGAGGAAUAAGUUUUCAUUGAUUUGGAGGAUAUGCAUUGGAUAUGUCUGUGUGCCUUAUAGUGUUUGAAACAUUUCCGGACGAAACUUGUUGUUCCUGUUGCGACUUGUUGCUUAUUAUUUUAUUUUUCUCCGUGCCAAUGGGACCGACCUUUCCAAUGUUGACGAACUAUUUUUGUGGAAAGAAAAACGUCACUUACAUCUUGAGAUUGCUUGCGCGCUUUCAAAAAAAAAAAAGAAAAGAAAAACGAUUUCCAUUUAUUCGCGUGAUAGUUCUUUUGAAGUACGCGUUAUAUAUCCGUCUAUAUUUUGUCUUUCUUGAGUGAAUAAAAAUGGCUGGGAAGUUUUCAA